AUGGCCCUAGAUAACUCAAUCAUCGCGACUGCGAUUCCACGUAUAACCGAUGAAUUCAACAGUUUGAACGACGUGGGUUGGUACGGAAGCGCGUAUCUCCUGACGACGGCUUCCUUCAUGCUGCUCUUCGGCAAGCUGUUCACCUUCUUCAGCAUCAAAUGGUUUUAUCUCCUGGCCAUCGCCCUCUUCGAGCUCGGUAGUCUUAUAUGUGGCACCGCUCCCAGCAGUAUUGCGCUGAUUGUUGGUCGCGCUAUUGCUGGUAUUGGGGGAGCUGGCAUCUAUGUCGGAUCGCUUAUUAUUCUUACCUACAGCGUGCCGUUGGAGAAGCGCCCGAUCUACACGAGUUUUGUCAGUAGCAUGUGGGGGAUCUCCAAUGUCGCUGGGCCUCUCCUCGGUGCGUAUAACCAGAUGCAAAUGAUCUUUGCUGACAAGACGAAGGGUGCUGUCACUGUUCUGGUGAUCCUCAUCUUCUUCCCCGAUCCUGUCCGAAAAGUGACAAAGGAAGGCUGGCGCACGCGCUUGAUUCAAAUGGAUCCCAUCGGCAACCUUCUCUUCAUGCCAGCCAUCAUCUGUCUCCUACUUGCCUUGCACUGGGGCGGCGUCACGUACUCCUGGAACUCAUCACGAAUCAUUGCCCUUCUGUUCAUCUUCGGGACGGCAAUGACAUCUUUCAUCUACAUCCAGUAUCGCAAUCAAGACAACGCCACGGUUCCUCCUCGCAUCUUUCGGAAACGCAGCGUCUGGUCUUCGGCUUUCUAUGCAUUCAACCUAGGUGCUGCUUUUCUUCUAUCCGUUUACUUCCUACCCAUCUGGUUCCAGUCGGUCAAAGGCGCUUCUGCAGUCAACUCCGGCGUCAUGAAUCUUCCCAUGCUUGGUGGCGUCGUUAUCUUCUCCUUGGUCGCUGGAGCUCUUGUCACUCUAUGGGGCUACUACACCCCGUGGAUGAUACUCGGCUCAAUGCUCAUGGCUAUCGGCUAUGGUUUGAUCUCAACAUUUAAGCCAGAUACUCCUGCAGGCCUGUGGAUCGGCUUUCAAAUCAUCGCAGGUACCGGCGUGGGCUUCGGCAUGCAGCAGCCCCUGAUGGCGGUCCAGGUUGUCCUCGAUGCGGCCGAUGUACCAACCGGAACUGCGAUCAUCAUCUUCUCACAGACGAUCGGCGGUGCUAUUUUCGUCGCUAUCGGUCAGAUGGCAUUUACCAACAAGCUCGUCGACAGUGUUCGAGAAUACGUUCCAGGCAUUGACCCGGCUACGGUUAUCGCCUCAGGAGUGACGGCUGUACGGGAGAAUCUUACCCCAGAGCUUCUACAUGGGAUAGCCUACGCUUACAGUGAUGCACUGGCACAGGCGUUUCUCGUUAGUGCCGUGACGGCGUCAGUUACCAUAGUGGGAGCAUUGUUCGUGGAGUGGAAAAGUGUGAAGGGCAAGGAUGUACGAGCAAGCAUCGCAUGA